GUCAGACGCCAAGCCGCAUAGGAUUAUGGGAAAAUGAUGAACGUCUGUGACAAGUGAAAUUGUUACGCAUUUGCAAAAAAUAAACACGGUAUGCAGUAAGAAUACAAAAACUAGUGAAAACCGUGACUAUUUGUAAGUGACAAAAGCUAUUUAUUACCCGAGACAGUGGUUCGUCAAAAUAAACUAGUGAAAGCAUUGUGGUUGACGUACUAUUUAUAAAAUCGGUGAUUUUUUACGCAGAUUGUAGUUUUAUCAACGCGACAGCUAGAAUUUACGAAACAUUCAACAAUUUGUUAGGGUGCAUUCAGCUAUAGUAUGUUGAGUUUUUAGGGGUUUUACUAAAUGCCCUGGUAAAAAUGAGUGAAACUGCACUUGAAUUUAACGAAGGCGAUAUCGUGUGGGUUAAAUUGGGCCCAAGUUGGUGGCCCGGCGAGGUUAAGGAUCCAAACAAUCUUCCCAGUGAUGUUGUUUCUUUUAAAAAACCACCUUUAUACAUUGUGAAGUUCUUCGAUGAGGAUUCAUAUGAAUAUGUUAAAACUCCACAAAACAUCCACCCCUACAAUUGCGAAAGAAAAAAUGAUUUCAUUAAAAAAGGAAUGGCCUCUUUUAGAGCCAAACUUGUACACAUGCAAAAAUUCCCCAAAGAUGUCUGCACUGCCGAAGUUAAAACUGGCGGAAACCCAAAUAUACUGAGCGAGCCAAUUUUUCUCCCUGAGAAAAAAAUAAAUUAUGCUGCCGAAAUUUUCGGUACUCCUAGUCCUAAGAAAAAGCUUAAGGAGGGGGAUCGUAAAAAAGGACGUUUUUCUAUAUCUAAAAAAGACAGUACUCCCAAUAUAACACACAGAAGAUUCCUGGGCUCCGACGACUACGAGGCCCAAAUUUGCAUCCAAUACCCCGGAAAAGACAUCUGCGGAGACACCGAAGAAUGCGAAGAAAUCAUCCGCAUCAACAAGGAACCGGCUCAAGAGUACAAGUGUCAAAAAUGCGGUUACGCCACCACACGUCUGGAAGUAAUGAUCCUUCACACGAAAUCUCACAUCCAGGGCGUGUACGAUUCCACCUUGUCCAGCAAAAAAAGCAGAAAAUCCGUCGUCAGGAAACCGAGGCAGAAAAAGAAGACGUUCGAUGAGUUGUUGUUGGAGGACGAUUCCGAUCUGGACAUGCCGGCGAGUAAGAGAAAGCCGAAGUCUCAAACGUCGAGCAGGAAGGCCAAGCAGAAGAAAAGCGAAGAAAAUAAAAACGAUUCCGUCGCCGAACCCGUUUCGCCGACGCACAUCAGGAAUAACUUGCUCGCGGAAUGGGAGGAAAGCGACGAAGAAGAGGAAGAUGAAGAUUCCGACAAACCAAUCGACAAGAAUGUCGAGGAGAAAAAUGACAAGGACGAAGAGCAAGAAAACACUGAAGAUUUAUCAAAAAACGACGAUGAAAAGGAGAAAACUCAGAACGGCGACGCAAGUCCGAGUAAAACAAAGGAAGAUCGACAAAACGAGAUCAAAAAAGAUAUAAAAUCAUGCUUCGAUUUCGACGAUGACGAAGAGGACACUCCGAUCGUGGAAACCGCCGUGGGAAGAAAGAUCCCGCGCGUGAUUCCGCCCUCGGAAAAAAGAAAAUCCGAAGAUUUCCAGUUUAAACCGAAAACCACCAAAGAUAGCCUUGAAAAAUCUAAUAUCGUCGAGGAAGACAUUGAUGAUGAGAAAAAGGAGGAAACGUUGAAGGUCAGCCAAAGUUUCAACGUGAUCGAAAGCGAAGAACCGGAAAAAGAGGAGGAUCACGAGAAAACGUUCAAAGAGUUGCUGGAAUCGACAAGUGUCCCGACGUUGCCGGACGUGCAAAACACCUUGAAAGCCGAGCAGAAUUUUCACGAUACUAAAACCAUAAAAUUUCCCGACAAGACCGAGCCCACGGAGAGCGAGAAAAAAAGCAGCGAAGUCGCUACGAAGUUAACGAACCCCAAAAAACGGUUCGUUAAGUCCUUCGAAGACUUCGAGAUGCUGCAAAACGAGCAGAGGCGUUUGGAGGAGGAGGAGGAGGAAAGGUCGCACCAGCCUGAAGAAAAAGCGCAGCACGUUGAAGAAAAGUCCGAAGAACAUCAAAAGCCGCACGAUUUUUUAGAGGAAAAACCCGUCGAAGACGUCAAAAUCAGCAAACUAAGAAACAAGAUGAUGACGAAAAUUAUGUCGGAAGAGCGACCGACCCGCCAAAGUACGCGCAGAAGCUCAGAAAACACGAGUCAAACUAGUACGCGUAAAAGUCUAGAGAAACAGAUUUUUACCAAAAAAGAAGACAAAAUCGAGGACGAAAUUGAGGCCGAAAUCGAGGACAAAAUUGAGGCCGAAAUCGAGGAAGACAUUUCGAGGAAGAAAGACGCCAUUGCCGAACGUUUGGGGGUAAAACGGGAAACGCGGUCGAGGUUCAGCGAGCUGAAAAAAGUAGAGGAGCAGAAAAACGUCGAAGAAAGGGAAGAAAAAAAGGCGCUGGAAAAGGAAUCGUGUCCGCCAAAAAAAAAGUUUUGCUCGCGCAGAAGCUCGAAGAGGCAGUCCGUUAAUGAGCAAAAAGCGGCGGAAAUAAAUUCAGAUGAAGGCAAUAUCAAAGCAGAAGAAAUUUCGCAAAACCACGCUAGCUCACCCAAAAGUCCUGCUGGAGAAAGUCCUGAACAAAAAGCGGUUGAAGAAGGCAAUAUCAAAUUAGAAGAAAUUUCACAAACCGAUGUUAGCUCACCUGCUGAAGAAAGUGCUGAGCAAAAAGCGGCAGAAAUAAUAACAGAUGAAGACAAUUUCAAAGAGGUGCAGGAAAACGUCGACGAAAGGGAACAAAAAAAGGCGCUGGAAAAAGAAUCGUGUCCGCCAAAAAAAAAGUUUUGCUCGCGCAGAAGCUCGAAGAGGCAGUCAGUUAAUGAACAAAAAGCGGCAGAAAUAAAUGCAGAUGAAGACAAUAUCAAAGCAGAAGAAAUUUCGCAAAACAAUGCUAGCUCACGCAAAAGUCCUGCUGAAAAAAGUGCUGAACAAAAAGCGGCAGAAGACGAUAUCAAAGCAGAAGAAAUUUCACAAAACGAUGUUAGCUUACCCAAAAGCCCUCCUGAAGAAAUUCCUGAGCAAAAAGCGGCAGAAAUAGAUGCAGUCAAAGAGGAGCAGGAAAACGUCGAAGAAAGGGAAGAAAAAAAGGCGCUGGAAAAGGAAUCGUGCCCGCCAAAAAAAAAGUUUUUCUCGCGCAGAAGCUCGAAGAGGCAGUCCGUUAAUGAACAAAAAGCGGCAGAAAAAAAUGCAGAUGAAGACAAUUUCAAAGCAGAAGAAAUCUCACAAAACGAUGCCAGCUCACCCAAAAGUCCUUGUGAAGAAAGUCUUGAACAAAAAGCGGCUGAAGAAGACAAUAUCAAAUUAGAAGAAAUUUCACAAAACGAUGCUAGCUCACCCAAAAGGUCUGCUGAAGAAAUUCCUACACGUCCUGAGAAAGACCAAGUUCUUGAUGAGAAGGAUGUUCAAGAAAUUCCUACACGUCCUGAGAAAGACCAAGUUCUUGAUGAGAAGGAUGUUCAAGAAAAAAAUAUUAGUGAUAUCUCAAGUAACAUCGAAAUCGCCUUGAAUAAAUCUGAAGAAUUAAGAAACUCUUCAAAAAGUGAUUUAGACUUAAUUGUAGCUAGUGAGUGCAAUAAUAGCAAAAGUGAUUUAAACCGCGACAAAAUUGAACUUUCCCUGGAAAAAAGUGAAGAUUUAAAUAGCAAAUCUCCAACGAAACAAAACGAUUCGCCCGAAAAAAAUCGAAAUCAUCUACCGUCACCAAGAAAAGAAAGUUCAUCGCCCACGAAAAUAACUGCGGCGCCAAUAAAAGAUACUUUUUUAUCUAAGAAGGAAGACGUUUAUUCCAUAACAGAAACGAGCGCUGUUUUGCCCGAUGACGCCAUUUGUUCUCCCAUUAAAAAAUCCCCCAUCAAACAAAAACAAGAGGAAGAAAAUCUGGAAGCAAAAGAAGACAGUAUUAAAGUGGAAGCACAGCAAGAAAAAGAACUGAACGAGAACUCUACCAAAGUAAACGUUUUGGAAUUUAGUUUUGAGGACGCCGAAUUAGACAAAAGCACGACUGAUAAAGACCUUAACGAAUUAGUUGAUAAACCUGCGGAAGAAACAAAAAAUGUUGCAGAAGCUGAAGAUAAUCCUGUAAAAACCGAUGAGGAAGAGGUAAUCGAAAGCGUCGAAAUGUCGGCCUUGAGUACUUUGGCGUCGUUAGCCACAGCCACUACGGAAUCUUUGCAGGAGAAGCCUGACAAAAUUGACCACAUGGUGAUUCCUGCAGCUUCCGAAACCGUGCACAUCGACGAAAGUAGUUUAACCGUGGUUUCGGAGAAAGACUUGGCCGAUGGGCAAGUUGAAAUAACCAGUUCCUCCGAGCACAGCACCAAACCACCGGUUACGCUUAUGAAUUUUUCCAUGGAUUUCACCGAAUCCGAAACGGAAAAUUCCAGUGAGCUGCAUAAGAUAAUCGAAAAUCAAAUUUCCAAGUCGCCUACAAAGUCGGCGAGCGAAGAAGGAUCAAGGGAUAAAUCGGUUAAAAAAUACGAGAGGUUGGAAUUACUCGAUAUUUUGGAGGGUAAUUCGCUCACGCCCGAACAAAAAGCUAAAGAUAUAAGGUCCGCGCCUAGUUUUCCAAACGAGAUUUUGGACUUUGAAGAACACAUUCCCUCGCAAAUUGUGAGAGCAACCACAAAUCAAACCAACGACGCAGUAAUAGAUGUCCCUAAACCUGAAACUUUCAAAUGUACGUCAAAACUAAUGGCAAGGUUAACGGAAGCCAAGAAGAAAAGGGAGCCGGAGGUCUAUAAAGGUAAAAUAAAAAAAGCCAAUUUAAGUGUCGCCACAAAAUCUCUUGGUCCAAAAACCACCUUGUCAGAAACAACAGAAAAAUCUACUCCGUCUAAAUCAAGUAGCAAUAAACCAAUCAUAUUGUCAGAGAAAAUAAUCAAACCAGCCAACACCGUGCCUAUGAAAAAACCCUUGAAAAGAACGUUCGAAGAUAUCGAGGAUGUGGAGGCCCCGUUCUUUAUAGCAAAGUCCAGUAAAAAAUCAGUAGAAUCCAACGAGGUUAAUAAAGGUGCAAUUAAUAAAGGAGGAAAGGCGAAAAUUUUGCAGCAAACAAUUAUAACCCCCGCCGGCCAAGUUAUACAGCCGAAAUUGAGUCAGAUGCAAACGGACGAUAACGUUUUCGACAUAAACAACAUGCCUAUCGUGAUGUCCGACGAUAUUUUUACCCCCGAUAAUAUCGAAUCGAUGCCAGUCGUACUGGAAGACAAACCAAAUACGACCAAAAACGUGUUAAUUACAAAUUCCAUCAAGAAAACAGUCACUCAAACUAGAACCACGAAUCCUCAACUAUCGCCUGUGAUUAAAUCUCGAGCAAAGCCGUUAAUAAAACAAGCUCCGCGAAUUCUGCAGAAUUCCACGCCGAGAAUGAUUAAGCAACAUCAAGUGCUGCCGAGUUCCGCAAAACCAAACAGCAAGUACAUCAUAAUGCCUCAAAGUUCCAAUUCAGGCGGGUCACCGCAACUAACGCAAAUCAAAACUGCGAAAAAGUCUGCGGUGAUCAAACAGACGAUACAGCCUGGAAAAACGUUUUCCCCCGUUUCCAGAACGCAAAAUGUCAUGCAAGAAUCGACUGGAAACAAAAUUAUGAUCGUCACUAAUCAACAAGGCGAACAGCAGAGACUGCUGUUGACUCCGGCGCAUCAAAAGUUGUUGGGAGUGCCGGGCGGUGCGGCGAAAAUAACGAAACCUUUAAUCAAAAAUACUUACCUGCAGCAAAAAUCGGGGACGGUGUGGACCCCCAACGCCGGCCCCAGCGCCACGAAAACAAUCCGAGGCGCCACCAAGCUGAUGAGUUCGCCUUCUAGUCAAUUAUCUGGCCAGUCAAUCUCUGCGAACAUGCAACCUCGCACGGUCAACAAAACAGUAAUUGGAAAUAAAAUAUACGUGAAUAAAAAUCAAAAGACCGUCCGACAAAAAACCAUUCUUAUUAAAAACCAACACGGACAAACCGUGAGAACUAUUCAAGGCACGGACGAUGAGCUUUUGGAUAAACAGGUGGCCGAGCAAUUGGAAGCUAUUAAGGCGAAAGCGAGCGGUGCUUUGAGAUUCCAGCAACAACAGCAAGCACAAAAACAGCAUCAAAAUCUUAAAUCGACCAUUAAAAAAACAUUUUCAAAGCGAGUGAAUGCGAUAAAAGAUCCUAAAACUUCACCGGCACCUAAAUCCGACUCUGUCCCACCGCUAACCUUGAUAUCGCCAAAAAAGAACGAACCGGCCCUGCAACCGGAGGAAAAAACUGCAGCAGACACUGGCGAUCGCGCGCCCAAUCAGUUAGUAAUACAAGACGCUUUAGGUAAUCAAACGACUAUAACCGAGGGCCAAAUUCUGGCUCUUCCCAGCGAAACAGUCGAUGGGCAGCCGCAAUCCUACAUGUUGGUAACACUGGACGAAUCCGGAAAUCUAACUCCGUUGAACAGCGAGGCCCUGAUGUCUCUGGAUCCGAACCUGUUGGGCGGCGGAGAUCUCAGCAACAUGGUGUUGCAAAUUGAUCAAGGUGGUUCGGAGACGAACCACGAAGGCACGAUACAAACUCAGACGGCCGUGGUGAGUGCCACGGCAACGGAGAAGCCUACCACCAAAGUGUCGGUGCAAAAGGAGAGUUCUAAGCCCGCUCCUGUCAAGUAUAAUUCCAGCGUUGAUGUUGAAACAACCACUACAGAGGUUAGCAAAGUAGCGGUAGACAGUGCAAAUACUCUUGCUGUCGAGACUUCAGACACCGAAGCGCUGGGCGCGGAAGGUGGCCAACAGUUGAUCUUGACCGGGGAUCCAAUAGCAACUCAAAAAUUCCUCGAAUCGCUGACGGAAGGCUCGACAGACCUCGCGAACAUUUUGGCGAACGCUGAAGGCAGCAGCAGCAUCAUAAUCCAAGCUGACGGUCAGCAAAUACUGAUCAACACGAAUUCCGACAACCAAAUGAUGCUCUCGCUCAACAGCGAUAACGUGGAGAGCUCCGAAACCGGCAAUCCGAUGUUCAACACGCAACAAUCCACCAAAAGUCAGGACAUUUUGGCGGCCGCUUUGGCCGACACCGACGUUUUUCAACCGGUUCAAACGACGUCGCGGAGCAAAAUACACUCGCAAUUGAGCCCCGGAAGUACUUCGCUGUACCCGAUGAAUGUCGGCACCGUUUUGGAAACCAGUUUAACGUUGAGCACACCCAUAAUGACGCCGCUCGAAGUUCCCAGCACGAACAGCAAAAAGAUUGCGGACGAGGCCGACAUUCUAGCGCAAGUACCAAAGAACCCGGCACUACCGAUUACGAUAACCGACCCGAAUAUAUCGCAAACCGUAGCGCAACAGCAAGUUUUAGUUGCCAACGAUUUGCAAGCGAAUUUGGAAUUGAAUUUACCCAUUUCCGAAGCAAUAAUAUCGGCUACUUCGUCCGAAAUGAGCAGUCCCUCGUUCGUGUACUCCUUGCCUACUUUGGACGAGAUUAAUCAAAAGCCUUUUAAUAGUAGUAUGCCUUUGUUGACUGAGGAUGUGGAGGAAACAACGGAGGUUACGAGUGCUAAGGAUAUUAAUGUAAAAGAAACUACAGUGCCUCCAGUAAGUGAAGAAACAAUUACGACUGAAGAUGAGACAGCCAAAAAAGAUAUGAUGUCGACUGUAGAUGGUUUUAUUGAGGAGGAGGAAGGUUUGUGCACCCUUGGUGGGGAAAUGUGCAGUUCCUUGAGCGAGCCACCCCCAGACAUGUUCGACUUGCCUUCUACAACCUUUUUACCAGCCAACAGCAAAACUGACGAUCACGCGGAAAAUGAUUCCCUUGUUGAAUCAAAUUCUCCUACAACCGUAACUAGCGAAGAUUCUAACGAAAUUCCGGUCCAAGCUGAAAUUGUCACCGAAUUGUCUUUGUCAUCAGCAGAUUCGAAUAGUUCGUUGAAAAGAAGUAGUCCAGAAGAAGAGGACGGUAACCAAGAAAAAAAAUGUAAAUUUGACUGAACUAACUGAUAUGGUUGUAUAUAAAAUUGUGUAUAGGAGUAUAGGUUUAACACAGAGACUACAUUGACAUUGUUUUAAUAUGUCAUAAUUUUGUAAAUAUUUCAUUGUUAUUAUUUAUGUACGAAUGUGUACAUAAAAUGCUUUUUAUUCAAAUAUUUUAUAUUUUAAAUUAUAAUUUAAUUUAGUACACUGUAAACAUGAUAUAUGAUCUACAUAUAAAAAAACUAAAAUAGGUGUAAUAGAUUAGAUUCCAUGUGUCAUUUGUGUGAUCCAAGGAGCUAUAAAGGUACUGGACAAAAUUUUCACCAUUUAGAUAAAAUAAGAUAGUUUCAAUAAAAUUUAAAUUUUAUCUAUGUAUAAUUUUAUUAAGAAAAUAAAUGUUUAUUAUUAA